UUGAGUUGAGACUAACAUAGUUCGGUUCACAGGCUUUGCUCACCAAAUAGUUUCCAUUGGGCUUGUGUUCUUGCAAAAUUUAAUGGAGACAUACUAUUGUGAUUACAUCGAUGUCAAACCUCUUGGAAGCUUUACAACCAUCUUCUUUGCAAAGCAGAAAUUUGGAGAGGUCGAUCCAAAUUUCAUUCGUCAAUUUGGAGAUGAACUUCCUUCACAGUGGAAAAUAAUGGAUUAUCGAUUUGAACAUCAUGUUGUUACAUACAACAAAGAUGAAGUCCAUCCUCUUGUUACAGAUGGAUGGAAAGAUAUGAGGGAUGUGUUUGAUUUACAUCAGAAUGAAGUGAUCGAAUUCGCCUAUCAUGGUCAAGGACUUUUUGGUAUUAUGGCUUCAAGAAGAUUUGAAAGUGAAGAUCAAAUUCCAGAUUAUCACAGUCGAUCUGUUAGUCGUGGUAAUUCUGUGAGGUUUCAAGUUGAACUUACGCGUGAUAAUAUGAGCAAUCCGUACCUGAGCAUAUGGAAUGCUUUUGAGAUUUAUGUCAGAAACUCAAACUUGAAUGUGAUAACUGCUUGUUGUGACAAUGGAACAAAGACUGAAAUGCAAUUUGCAAAGCAAGACAAUCCUUUUUGGAUGACAGCCUUAGGUCCCGGUUGGUUUGGUUUUUGUCGCAAAAAUGGGUUUCGUGCUGGUGAUCAACUAUGCUUUAAUUUUUCGCUUGUUAACUGUGGUAAUAAUGUUGUGCGUGUUUUUAAAAUUUGAGGUGAGAAAGUUGAUUAUGUUGGAUGCUGCUUGUUGUUGAAAAAAGGGAGCUUGCAAAUAUGAUUUGAUGUAGGCUUUUGAUUAUGGUAUUUAAGUUAAUUUGGUAUUAAUGUUUGCUAUUUUAGGUUAAGAAGAUUUUAAUGAUUGAAGGUGUUGGCUGCAGAGUAAAAUGUAGGUUAUCUAAGUGUAAUUUGGUUUGACUUUGUGGUAAUUAUGUGUAGGGUUGAUGUUUAUCCUUUAUUUUCGUUGUUGAUGUUGAUUGUAGUUUAUGAUUGUUAAUCAAUGAAACUGUUUCCUGGUUUUUUUUAA